AGAAAAAGAUAAGUGGAGUAAUCUUGUGAAAGAAAUAAAUUGAAAAAAGUUAUUGUUUAUUUGAAAGAAAAAGACCCACAGACACAGUGUUCUUUCUUCCAAUUGUGUGAUUCAUUCUCAUUCUUUGUUCCGAUGGCGGCGAUUCCAUCAGAAUUAUAUCCAUCAGAAAACGACUUAGUUUACGAAGAAGAGUUACUUCGUAAUACUUUCAAUCUCAAACUAUGGUGGCGAUACCUUAUCGCAAGAUCAGAUUCGCCGUUCAAAAAGCGUUUCGUUAUCUACGAACGUGCCCUCAAAGCUCUUCCUGGAAGCUACAAACUCUGGUACGCUUAUCUCCGUGAACGUCUCGAAAUUGUUCGGAGUCUCCCCGUUACUCAUUCAAUGUUUGAAACCCUAAAUAAUACUUUUGAACGUGCACUUGUUACAAUGCAUAAAAUGCCACGAAUUUGGAUCUUGUAUCUUGAAACCCUAACAAAGCAGAAAUUAGUUACAAGAACUAGGAGAACUUUUGAUAGAGCUCUCUGUGCUCUUCCGGUUACUCAGCAUGAUAGAAUUUGGGAGCAUUAUUUGUAUUUUGUUAGCCAAAAGGGGAUUCCUAUAGAAACCUCUUUUAGGGUUUAUCGUAGGUACCUGCAAUAUGAUCCUAAUCACAUUGAGGAUUUUAUUGAAUUUUUGAUUAAUUCUGAAAAGUGGCAAGAGGCUGCUGAGAGGUUGGCUUCCGUUAUGAAUGACGAUAAAUUUUAUUCGAUAAAGGGGAAGACUAAGCAUAGGCUUUGGCUAGAGUUGUGUGAUUUGUUGACUAGGCAUGCCAAUGAUGUUUCUGGGUUGAAUGUUGAUGCGAUUAUUAGGGGUGGGAUUAGGAAGUUUUCUGAUGAGGUUGGUCGAUUAUGGACUUCGCUUGCGGAGUAUUACAUUAGGAGGGGGUUGCAUGAGAAGGCUAGGGAUGUCUUUGAGGAGGGGAUGUCUACAGUUGUUACUGUGAGGGAUUUUAGUGUGAUAUUUGAUUCCUACUCGCAAUUUGAAGAGAGUAUGCUUGCUUAUAAGAUGGAAGAUAUGGGUAUGAGUGAUGAAGAAGAUGAAGAAGGUGAAGAUGGAGUGAAGGAGGAAGAGGAGGAGGAGGAUGAAGAUAUUCGUUUCAAAUACGAGGACUUCGAUAAGAAGAUUUUACGUGGGUUUUGGCUGAAUGACAAAAAGGACAUUGACUUGAGAUUGGCUAGGUUUGAUUAUCUCAUGGAGAGGAGGCCUGAAUUGGCUAAUAGUGUGCUUUUACGUCAAAAUCCUCAUAAUGUGGAACAAUGGCACAGGAGGGUGAAGCUUUUUGAGGGUAACCCCACUAAGCAGAUACUUACUUACACAGAGGCUGUGAGGACUAUUGAUCCUAUGAAGGCCGUGGGAAAACCUCAUACGUUGUGGGUGGCUUUCGCAAAGCUUUACGAGCAGCAUAAAGAUCUUGCCAAUGCUCGGGUCAUUUUUGACAGGGCAGUGCAGGUGAACUACAAAACUGUGGAUAAUCUGGCCAGUGUCUGGUGUGAGUGGGCUGAAUUAGAGUUGAAACAUAAGAAUUUCAAAGGAGCACUUGAGCUUAUGAGACGGGCUACGGCAGAGCCAUCAGUUGAGGUCAAACGAAAAGUGGCGGCUGAUGGGAAUCAACCGGUGCAGAUGAAACUUCAUAAAUCUUUGAGACUGUGGACUUUUUAUGUUGAUUUGGAGGAAAGUCUAGGUAAUUUGGAGUCUACUCGGGAAGUUUAUGAACGGAUUUUGGAUUUACGAAUUGCCACGCCACAAGUAAUAAUCAAUUAUGCAUACUUCCUUGAGGAACACAAAUACUUUGAAGAUGCUUUUAAGGUUUAUGAAAGAGGAGUCAAGAUAUUUAAGUACCCACAUGUUAAAGAUAUUUGGGUUACAUAUCUGUCUAAAUUUGUGAAGAGAUAUGGAAGGACAAAGUUGGAGAGAGCAAGAGAGCUGUUUGAGAAUGCGGUUGAAACGGCCCCUGCUGAUCAAGUGAAACCUCUAUAUCUGCAAUAUGCUAAGCUGGAGGAGGAUUAUGGACUAGCAAAGCGAGCUAUGAAGGUCUAUGAUCAAGCAACCAAAGCUGUUCCCAACAAUGAGAAGUUAAGCAUGUAUGAAAUAUAUAUUGCUCGUGCAGCUGAGAUAUUUGGUGUACCCAAAACACGAGAGAUCUACGAGCAGGCAAUUGAAUCUGGUCUUCCAGAUAAGGAUGUCAAAACUAUGUGUUUGAAGUAUGCUGAGCUGGAAAGAAGCUUGGGAGAAAUUGAACGUGCCCGUGGAAUAUAUGUAUUUGCCUCUAAGUUUGCUGAUCCACGUUCUGAUCCAGACUUUUGGAAUAAGUGGCAUGAAUUUGAGGUUCAGCAUGGAAAUGAGGAUACCUUUAGAGAAAUGCUACGAAUUAAACGGAGUGUCUCUGCUAGCUACAGCCAGACACAUUUUAUACUGCCCGAGUAUCUGAUGCAGAAAGAUCAAACUGUGAAUCUUGAUGAAGCCAAAGACAAGCUAAAAGAGGCUGGGAUCCCUGAGGACGAAAUGGCUGCUUUGGAAAGGCAAUUAGCCCCUGCAGCUGACAAGGCGAAAGAGAGAAAAGUUGGGUUUGUUAGUGCUGGAGUUGAAUCACAGUCCGAUGGAGGGAUAAAAACUAAUGCAAAUCACGAGGAAAUUGAGUUACCAGAAGAAAAUGACUCUGAUGAGGACGAUGGUGAUAAUAUCGAGAUUGCACAAAAAGAUGUCCCUUCUGCUGUUUUUGGUGGUUUGAUUAGAAAGAGAGACGAGCUUGAAACUAAUGAAGUAGAAGGUGGUGCAAAAGAAAAGGAUGAUGAAAAUCGGCUUGGUGCCCUUGAGAGAAUUAAGAAACUUAGACGAAACUAGAUGUACAGGCAGUAUUCCAGUUAAUUUUUUUGAUAGCCUGGAACUAGUUUUGAUGAUUUGUAUUAUGUACUGUCAAUCUAACAGUGGUUUAAGUUAUUUUAACCUGUACAUGUUACAGUAAGUUGUACAGUAGUUUUUAAGUUGCUUAAGUUGCAUGUCUAUUCCUUUAAAUCAUAGUUAAAUUCACAGCUUUGGGCUACGAAGUUGCAGCAAAAUGCUGGUGCUUAUUAAGUUACAGCAAGCUGAGUAUAUGUACUGUUAUUGUUAAUGUGACUCGAUUUUAGUUUAAUGUUAGUUUGUUGAGGUUGUCAGCAAACAAGCACAAAAUAAUA